CAAAACAGUGGCACGUGUAUCAUUAACAGCUACUUAAUUUUAUUAUUUUGUAGUGAAAAACGAUACAGUAAAAUAACUCACACCCAAUUAUAUUACAAUAUUUAAAAUAUGUCACGAAUUAUUGUUAAGAACAUCCCAAAUGGGAUCACCGAGUCCAAAUUACGUGAUCACUUCAGUCGCUGCGGAAUCGUAACGGAUGUUCAACUGAAAUACACGCCUGAAGGAAAAUUUCGAAACUUUGGAUUUAUUGGCUUCGAAUCAGAGCAACAGGCAACGCAAGCAAUUCAGCACUUCAAUAAUACUUUUCUGAGAACAUCGAAAAUAGCCGUGGCUCCAUGUGUGGCCCUUGGAGAAGUUAAAGAGAUUAAAACGUGGAGCAAGUAUAGUACUAAAAAUGUCGAGGAAAGUACUAAGAAAAAACCUAGCACAUAUAAAAUUGAAACAGCUGACGAGAUUUUGCAGAAGCACAAAAACGAUCCCAUGUUCAAAGAAUUUGUGGAAACCCAGAAAAAAGCAGGAUUAGCGGUUUGGGACAAUCAAUUGCAGCAAGACAGUCAGGAGUCGCAAACCGAUCAUGAUCAGUCAGAAGAGAUUUCCUAUGGGGCAAGGGAUGUACAACAGACAGAGGCCAAAGAACGAAAAUUAGUUAAUCUGUUCGUAGUAAAAAUUCACAACAUCCCAACCAAAACAAAGCGCCAGGAUUUGUUUCGCUUCUUUAAACCAAUCAAGCCGUAUUCGAUUCGAAUACCGCCAAAGCAGAAAGGAUUUGCAUAUGUGGGCUACAAAACGGAAGCUGAGUUGAGGAAAGCUUUGCUGAAAGAUAAAAGUUUUCUUGGGGGAAAACAGGUCAAAGUGGUUGAUUUUUCCGCCAAAGAUCGGUUGCGAACUGGGGCAGCGAAGAAGUCUGUUAAGAGUGAAAAUCCUAAAUGGAUUAGACAGAAAGAAUCUGUUUGCAGUGACAGUAUCGUUGAGAGUGGAAAGUUGUUCUACCGCAAUUUGGCAUAUUCGGUUAAGGAAGAAGAUUUAAAAGGGUUAUUUGAGCAAUUUGGACCUGUAGCAGAGAUUGAUUUACCAAUUGAUUUUAACACUAGAAAGCUGAAGGGUUUCGGAACGGUUACUUUCCUAUUACCUGAGCAUGCUGUUCUAGCUUAUAACAACCUAAAUGGGACAUUCUUCCAUGGACGGAUGUUUCACAUAUUACCUGCAAAAGUGGAUGAAUCGGAGCGAACGAACACAGAGGAAGACAAUUCUGGACUGAGCUUCAAACAGAAGAAAGUGAAGAAAUUGCAAAAAACAGCUCAAUCAUCGCAUAACUGGAACACAUUGUUUAUGGGUGAAAAUGCCAUUGCUGAGGUCAUAGCGAAAAAGUACGGAAAGUCUAAAGAGGAAGUACUUAGCACUGAUGGGGGCACCACAAGCGCAGCGGUACGAUUGGCAUUGGGUGAAACAGAAAUCGUUAUGGAAAUGCAAAAGUUUCUAGAGGAUUGUGGGAUACAUCUUGAUGCUUUUAACGAGGUUACCAAAAAUAGAUCUAACACCACAAUUUUGGCCAAGAAUUUACCAGCGGAAACACAAGUGGCUGAGAUCACCGAGCGAUUUGAGAAAUUUGGGCUGCUGGGACGAGUAAUAUUGCCACCAAGUGGAAUUACAGCGGUGGUUGAAUUUCUGGAUUCUAGUGAAGCUAAAAAGGCAUUCAAAAAACUAGCGUACACACGUUUCAAGUCACUGCCUCUCUAUCUCGAGUGGGCACCAGAGAAUAUUUUCAAAAAAACAGAAAAGACCGACAAGCGCACGACGGCAGACGAAAUCAAAGAAAAGCGGAAUAAUUCAAACAAGCAGCACGAGCCAUCAGUCGAAUCUCCCAAAAAGGAAAAUUCCAUUGCUACGGAGAAUACCGAGCAAUCCGAUGUACAAGUUGAGGAAGGCACAACUCUGUUCAUCAAAAACCUCAGUUUCAAAACUAACGAGGACACGAUAAAAGAAACAUUCAGGAAUGUCGGUGCAAUUCAUUCCAUACAAGUAGUGCGCAAGAAGGUAGACGAUCGAACCGAAAGUCGGGGUUAUGGCUUCAUACAGUUUAAGCUCAGAAAAUCGGCGGAUAUUGCGUUAAAAAAUCUGCAAUCAGUUCAAAUAGAUGGCCGAAAAGUGGAACUGUCUCGCAGCGAUCGGGUUCUAAAUGCAGAAAGUGCGACUACGGGUAGGAAGGUUUCAAAGUUCAAGAAGCAAACGGGCACAAAAAUUCUCGUUAGGAACGUUCCGUUCCAAGCGAAUGUAAAAGAAAUUCGUGAUCUUUUCUGCGUGUUUGGAGAGCUGAGAUCUGUCCGGCUACCCAAAAAGCUGGUGUCCGGCGCGGAUGAAGGUCAUCGCGGUUUUUGUUUUGUUGAUUUUAUCACCGAAGACGAUGCUAAACGGGCAUUCGAAUCGUUGUGUAGUAGUACUCACUUGUACGGCCGUCGACUGGUACUAGAAUGGGCAGAAGCAGAAGAUGAUGUUGAGGAUUUAAGAAAACGUACGGUUGACAAGUUUGUCGGAGCACGGGGAGUUAACGAGGCGAAACGAAGCCGCAAAGGUGUAUUUGAUUCAUCGCAGAUCAGCGAAGUAAGCGGAAAGGAUGGCACCGAAAGUUUGGCUGUAGACGAUGAGGAUGAAAUGGAUGCUGUGUUUUGAGAACAAUAAAUACGUUAUUUAAAAUCCAACGAUGUCAUUUCAUAUUGUCCAGUGGUACCGUGACAUGCCCUAAUACCGUGAGGUUGAGAACGUUUCAUGUAAAACUUGAGUCAAAAAAUGAAAAUUUUUGAUGAACGGUUGUGACUCACUUUACAUUAAAUAUAUUUGUUAUGAAAAAUAAAAGUUAUAUGUACUGCUCA